GGGAAAAUACAUAUAAAUGAAAGGGACAGAACGGUAAAUCCCUCCAAUUCCAAACCUUAGGUUUUUAAACGAUAAGAAACCCUCGAGUCCUAACAGGUCGAGCAUCACUCUCUCCCUGCUUCCGCCGCUCUCCCUCCUCUGUCGACGAAUCCACCAAACCAAAUCUCAUAAACAAGAUGAAUCGGGAGAAGCUUAUGAAGAUGGCCGGUUCUGUCCGCACCGGCGGAAAAGGAACCGUGCGCAGAAAGAAGAAGGCAGUGCACAAAUCCACCACCACAGACGACAAGAAGCUUCAGAGCACUCUGAAGAGGAUAGGUGUCAACACCAUACCGGCUAUUGAGGAAGUCAACAUCUUCAAGGAUGAUUUGGUCAUUCAGUUUGUUAACCCUAAGGUGCAAGCUUCCAUUGUUGCUAACACUUGGGUCAUUACUGGUUCUCCUCAAACCAGAAAACUGCAAGAUAUUCUUCCAGGGAUUAUCAACCAGCUUGGUAAGUGUCUUUGCAGUCGGUUUGAAUGUCGAAUAUGUGUUAUAAACGAAGUUGGAUUUAGUUGUAGGGACUAUCAUUCAUACUUUCUGAGCCUGUGUUUUGAUUAUGAACCCAUGUGCCUCUAGAACCAACUUUUAUAUCUAUUCAUUGGUAAAUCAAAUGUGGUGUUUGUGCAAUUGACAUGAACAUGUUGAUGGUUUCUGCCGAGGUUCCAAAGGUUGAAGGAAAAUAGCAUAAUUGAUAUUCUACCUCACCUUGGCAUUUGAUAAUGAAGGUUUUGUGUUUCUAUGGAAGUCCUUGAAGUUCAACGUAUUUUCGAGCUUUGUUUAACCUGGCUUGUUAACGGCCCCAGAAGUCUCUGGUGCUUUUGCUGUUUUGUUUUUUCUACAGCUUCUGGUCUGAUUUUACCCAUCAUAUACGGUGACUUGUGCAUGCUAAUUUCUUGAUACUGUGUUUUCACUCAUGUAGCUAAACUCUUUUGGAGCUGUCAACCUAGUGUCACCUUAUCUACUGCUGCGAAAUAUCAUGCUUGAACUUGUUCUUUCCAUUCUCGGUCUUGCUGGAAACUAGAGUUGCAUUUUGCUUGCUGUUGAUGCUAUUGUUUUCCGACAUCUCAGGGCCAGAUAACUUGGACAACCUGAAGAAGUUGGCUGAGCAGUUCCAAAAGGAGGCCCCAGGUGGUGCCACAGUUGUUCAGGAAGAUGAUGAUGAUGUCCCAGAACUUGUAGCAGGAGAGACAUUUGAAGCUGCAGCGGCAGAAGAAACCCAUGCUUAAGACCGUGGAGCUUUGGGAGCAUUUUUUGUUUUGCUUUUCUUCAGAUUCGCUCUAAUUCUGUCCAUGGUUGUUACCUCCCUCUUUUCUCCGCGCUGAACUUGACAAUUCUGUGGUAGUUCUCAUCUUUUAACAGUUAUUGUGAGCAACGCAGAUUCGAGUAUCAUUAUGAAAUCUUCUAAAACAGUUUUAUAGUGUCGUAUGAUGUUUUCUAGGAGACUUACGACCAUUCAGAUAUCCAAGAUCCCUAUUCGCAGCGCUUUUGGUUUAGUGUAUUAUGUUCAUUGAUUGUGAAGCUCCACAGCUCACAGCAUGUACUAUUUUCUUGGAAAUAGUUAGUGUCACAAGUCACAACUCUUUGAUCAUAAUGU